GACUCCUUUGAGCUCCCGAAGAGGACCGGUAAAAUCCACAAAGUCUAACAAGAGACCAUGGAGAUUUUAGAUGAAGAGGAAUCCUAGCCUACCAGACAGCGUCAAAGAAUCCUUCACCUGAUUAGGGGAUGAAGACCCGAGUGAAAAAGGUGGAGACUACCCAUCCCUCUGUAAAGAGGAAGAGAGGGGAAAGCCAAACGGGCAUCUAGUCCUUGAAGGAGCUCUAGGUUCUGCUUGGCCUCAGGCUGAAAGAUGUAAGUCUCACCCAGUAUGUGUAUCCUAUGCGCCUUACAUUUAUCGAAUCGUAAGGUGGGGCCGGAUGCCGCUGACCGGUUCUCAGAAGGUUCUCCCUCUAAAGCUGCCCAGCUGAAGGAGAAGGUGAAGGAAGAGGAGCAAAAGGCCCGGGAGCUGAACACCGUCAUCAUGCGCCAAAUUGAUGAAUUGACGAAGCUCUCUAGGGCUGCCUGUGGGUGCCGAGAACCUUCAGCUGAAGGAGGAGAACACCUGGCUAAUGGAAGAGAGGAACAAGUGAGGAACCCAAUCCUUGAGAAUCUUCGUGGAUUGAACUUGAAUCUCCCACGUGCAAGCAAAAACCCAAUAACUCCCGAAAUGAUCGUUGUGAAUCAAGAACCAAUUGUUGGAGACAACCACAUAGAACGUAUAAUCUCAAGCCAUUCCAAAGAGUUGGUUGAACUUGCUAUUGAAGGGAAAAGUUCAAUGAAGGAGCAAGAGGUGAAAUUCCCCAUAACAGACAGCUUGAUUGUUGGUUUUCACGGCAAACGACAACCUAAAAAUGAAGGAGCAGGAGAUGUAGUGGACAAGAGCUCCAUCGUCACCACGGCGGCGGAUCUUGAGAGCAGGGAGGAGAUUGACACUCUAAGAGGAUUUGAGGGUGUAAUUGAAUGUUGAAAACAAAGAGAUAAGAAAAGAGAUAGAGGAAUGUAUUUGGAUAGGUUCUCGCAGCCCCGUUUUCAGUCCGGAUCGAAGACCAAACGAAGUCCGAUCGUGCUCAAAUUUUAGUAUGUAGUUCCUCACAUACUCCUCUUCAAAUCCAACGGUCAGAUUCUAAUUUUGAUGCCCGGAAGGCUGUUUUCUAGCUGUGUUUUCAGACCUGCGUUUUUGGGAGUUUUUACUCCAUUUUAUGUUGAAUUGUUGAUUGUUGUUGUUCCAAGGUUGCUCCUUGAUGAUUGUGUAUGCCUCUAGUGUUUACUAGAGAGGAGAACUUGUUGUACCCACUUGGUUCUUGGUGAUUAGUGGAAGUUUGGGUGCCGUUGUUGAACGGCCGUGGUUUUCUCCCCG